AUGUCUGAUUCGCCAGCUCUUUCGGCGAGGUCGUACAAUUCUUUAGUGGAUUUGACCUCUGGACGCAGAGAAGGAUGGAUCGUGCAAAAGUUUGGUGGUACUUCAAUAGGAAAGUUUCCUGAUAACAUAGUAGAUAAUAUAGUGAAGGUUUUCAGUCAGGAACGCAGAGUGGCUGUGGUCUGUUCAGCUAGGUCCUCCAAUACUAAGAGCGAAGGCACGACCUCACGCUUAAUUAAAUCUGCUGAUUUAGCUAUCAUGAAUGAGAACUUUGAUUCUAUCUUGCAACUCAUCGAAGACGAUCAUGUAAAUAAUGCUGAAAAAUACAUUUCUAAUAAGAAAUUGUUGAAAGAGUUGAUUGAGGAAACAAGACUUGAGUUGGAACGAGCUAGAGAAUUGUUAAGAGCAUGCCAAGUCAUUGGUGAAAUGAGCUCUAGAUCUCUUGAUUCAAUCAUGUCUGUGGGAGAGAAAUUGUCCUGUUUGUUUAUGGUGUCAGCUAUGAAGGAUAGGGGCUUAAGUGCUCUGUAUAUUGACCUAUCCCAUGUCAUCCCUAUUGAUUAUGACUGCUCAAAGGGGCUUGAUGAUGGCUUUUACAAAUUUUUGGCCGAAGAAAUGAGCCAAAAAAUUCUUGAACUUGACAGUGAAACGGUUCCAGUUUUGACUGGAUAUUUUGGGGUUGUUCCGGGAGGAUUGUUGAAUAGUGUAGGUCGAGGUUAUACAGACUUAUGUGCAGCGUUGGUUGCAGUCGGUAUACAAGCCGAUGAGCUUCAGGUAUGGAAGGAAGUGGACGGUAUCUUCACGGCUGACCCCAGGAAGGUCCCACGCGCCAGAUUACUAGAAAGUGUUACUCCAGAAGAAGCAGCGGAAUUGACAUACUACGGUUCUGAAGUCAUUCACCCUUUCACAAUGGAACAAGUAAUAAAAGCGAAGAUCCCAAUUAGAAUAAAAAAUGUUGAGAAUCCAAGCGGUAAAGGUACCAUCAUUUAUCCAGAUAAUGUUGGCAGGAGAGGUGAAGCUACGCCUCCUCAUCCGCCAGCGGCAUAUGAAACGUUAUCGCAUUCAUAUAUUGCUACUCAUAACAAAAGAUCUGCAACGGCUAUUACAGCAAAGUCGGACAUAGUCGUAAUUAAUGUACAUUCAAACAAGAAGACGUUGUCGCAUGGUUUCUUGGCACAUAUCUUCACUACUUUAGAUGACUUUAAGUUGGUAGUGGACUUGAUUUCAACAUCAGAAGUCCAUGUUUCAAUGGCUUUGCUGAUUCAGUCUGAACAAGAAUUUGCUUUAAAAAAUGCUAUAAAAGAAUUAAGAAAGUUAGGUACAGUGGAUGUCACUAGAGAUUUGACUAUCAUUUCCCUCGUUGGUAAACAAAUGCUUAACUUUAUCGGAAUUGCAGGUAACAUGUUUAAGGUGUUGGCUGACGAAAGAAUUAAUAUAGAGAUGAUUUCUCAAGGUGCAAAUGAAAUUAAUAUUUCUGCCGUGAUUGCUGCCCAGGACACUAUAAGAGCCUUGCGUUCAAUUCAUGCUCGGUUAUUAGAAGGGAACUAUGGCUUUGUUGACAAAAAUGAUUGUGCGGUGGAUGUAAGAUUAGAAUCUUUGAAGUUAGAAGAAUUCAUACCUAACUAA